AUGUCGGAAGGAGGGAGUGAAAUACAAGAGAACGACAAAGUUCCUGGUCGUGUUAAGGAAUAUUUGUGUCAGCCAUGUUUAAAGAAUGAAAAGCAUAAUGUAGCUGAAAACUUUUGCUCAACUUGUAAUGAAUUCCAAUGUUCUGAUUGUUCAAAUGUGCACAACAGUUUUGCCAUCUCGGAAAGUCAUAAAUUGGUGAACGCAAAUGAAGCUAAUACUUCAAGAUAUUUUUUUGAUAUGAAAGGAUUAGAUAAAUGUGAUCAACAUCAAGAACAUUAUAAGUUCUUCUGUGAGGAUGAAAGCAAACUUUGCUGCAGUAUGUGUGUUUUUUAUAACCAUCGUAAAUGUCACAGCGUUGUGGAAGUUGAGAAAAUUGCCAGGAAUAGGUCACAAAUUUCUACCUUAAUGGAAAAAAUGAAGGAUGCACUUAAAGAUGCUGAGGGUAUUGCCAGACAAAUUCUCACUUUAAAAGAUCAACUUGCUCAAAACAUAAACGAAAUUCCAGUAAAGAUUAAGGAAAUGCGAGAUAAAGUUAUGCGAAUGUUCGACUAUUUGGAAGUUUUCGUCGUCAAGAGUGCGGAAGCUCUCCAGAAAGAAACAUUAGUUAACCUGACUAAAAAGCAAUCACUUAACGAGAAACAUUUGGCUCAUGUUUCAUGGAUUUCAGACACUAUUGAUAACGUUUACAAAAAUGGAACUUCAGCGCAGAAAUUCAUAGCAGAACAAAAUGUUGAAAAUGAAGUGAACGUUCUAUGCAAACAUGUCAAGGAGGAAUGUCAAAACUUAGAGACGGUGACAAUUUCUUUUCAUUUUGACAAAGCAUUAAAACUACCACCACGACCAAUAACUGAACAUGUUCCGGGACAACUCAUAUCAAAGUCGCUUCGGAAGGGGGAGAUUAAUUCUGUCAAUAUGGCGGUGACAUUAACUCCAGUCUAUUCCAUUCUUUUGAAUGAGACGGCGGGAGAUGAUAUCAAGAAACCGAUAUAUUUUACAGGGAUAGACUUUCUACCUGAUGGUAGACUGAUAGCUGUAGACAACUGCAAAAAAUGUUCAGUUUACAAUGAGAAGCUUGAGAAAGUAGGAUCAUAUCAGUUAUCUUACCAGCCACUGUCUGUUGUUGCUGUCUCGGAAGAGAAAGUAGCGAUAACAAGUGACGGCACCUAUGUAGAAUUUCUACAUGUUAGUAAAUAUAAUGAAAUAAGAUCGAGCAAGAAAUAUAAAGUAACAACGAAAUAUAAUUCUAUAUUUUUGAAAGAUGAUAGGCAAUUGAUUGUCGGGACUAUUGAAGACCAAAGACCAGUUCGCACGGUGUCAUUGGUAGGAGAGGAGAAAAACUUCAUUAAUAACUUUCAAAAUAAGGCAUAUCCUGUUGGCGCAAGUCUUUGUACUUACAUAAAGAACAGUGACAAACUCGUGCUUACAGAUGAAAAUACAGUCUACAUAUAUGAUAUCAAAACAAACAAGAAACUCAAAGUGAAGGAUGAGCAGAUAAGGAAACCAAGUGGUGCAGCAGUUGGUCCCUCUGAUACUAUCCUGGUUUGUAGUAAUAGAACAAACUCCAUUGUACAGGUAUCACAAACGGGACAGAUCUUGUCAUCUCACAGGAUAAAUAUGGAUUCGCCAUAUAGAGCAUGUGUCUCACGUGAUAAAGCAUUUCUUGUUGUUACAAAUAAUGAUAAUGGAAGCAGGAAAAUGCAGAAAUUCGAAAUAUCGUGA